AGAUCGCCAAGCGGCAGAGUGGAAUGAAGUAUGGAGAGUACAUCAACAAAGACCACCCUGCUAAGCGCUUCAGCAACUUUAUUUUCAGAUUAUAUACAUCAUUGACCACACCGGUCACUCAGUCAUUCAGAGGCAGAUAUGUUUGAAACUUAGUGACUUAGUGGCCACUGCUCCGUCGACGGUGAAAAACGCUGGGCACAGGCGAUGGGCCGGAAGAGGUGCGCUGAAUGACAGGAAAAGUGGAGUAGCAAAAAUACGCCAACAAAAGGUGUAUAUAUAUAUAAUAUUUUGUCAACUUUGUGCAUGUUUUGACGAUAUGGAUGUGGCUCAAAUGAUCAGAGCUGGUGACAAGCAGGUUUUAGUCUUUUACGAAGCCACAGCCAUACCGUGGAAAACACUCAGCAUCAGGCUUCGCUUCGUUGCUUGUUGAUGUUGAGGCAUCGAAACCCAAGCGAAAGCUGGCGGAUGAGGAUCCUUCAGCUGCUUCAGGAAAAAAGAAGAGACUGAGACAGAUGGCUUCGACCCCGCCCAAAGCUGAAAAGGAGGAGACGACCUCGGCUCCGUCCCCAAGAAAGAAGCAGAAACUAAAGGAAGAGCCGAAGGUCAAGGAGGAGCCGAAAGUAAAGGAGGAGCUGAAAGUCAAGUUGGAGCAGAAACUAAAGGAAGAGUUGAUGGAGGAGGAAGUUUCUCCAGCAGAGAUCAAGGAAGUGCUCCAAAAUGGGGAUCGCAAGUCCAAAAAGAAGGAGGCCGCAUCUUCUGCAAAGCAGAAGCCAGAGAAGGAGGCCAAGGGCAAGACCAGAGCCAAGAGCCUGAAGGUAGCUUGAUGUAGCUGCUGUUUGUGUCGACAGGUUAGCGCGCGAUGGCUGACGAAAAUGGCUCCUGCAAAUCGCAUGAGCACUGUAUAUAGGAACAGUCCAGUGGCCUGAGAUGAAUAAGUGUCCGA